AUGCAAGAACAGAAUUGUUCAGCCCGCUCUAUGGUGGCCCAAUGUGUGCCAUUGGACAGCAGCAAUCAGCAGGAAGGGGGCACCAUGGAAGGAGUGCCAUUGGACAGCAGCAAUCAGCAGGAAGGGGGCCUCUAUUUGUGCGGCGAGCGGAUUGGCCGGGCGGGCGGCGGCGCCCCGCCCUGCCCCGCGCAUGCGCCUUGGCCCCGCGGGCCGCCCUCCCCGUCUGGCUGCGGGGCGGGGCCGUCAUGGCGGCGGCGGCGGCGUCGCGGGAGAGGCGUCGGUGGCGGCGUCGGUGAGGGCGGCGGCGGCGGCGGUGUCGUCGGGGCCGGGUGCGGCGGCGGGCAUGGCGAGCCCGGCGGCGCUGUCCUCGGCCUGCCCUGCAGGGGGGGCCGUGGGGCCGCUGGGCGCGGCGGCGGCGGCGGGGGAGGAGGCCAGCGGGGCCGGGCGCGGCUCCCCUCCAGCGGGGGUCGCCUCCAGGAGGGCUGGAAGUGGCGGCUUGCCAGGCAGCCGCCACCCUCCGGAGACCCUCUCGCCUGCUCUCUCUCCCUCCUCCUCCUCUUCGUCGCUGUCCUCCCGGCCCGAGCAGGCGGCGGCGUCCGGGGCGGCGGCGGCGGCGGCGUCGGGUUCGGGCGGCGAGGAGGAGUCCGCGGAGUCCUUCUCCAACCUGCCGUCGUGCGGGCCCAGCAGCUCCGACCUCAACAGCGACCCCGAGGGGGAGGCGGCGGCGGCGGCGGCGGCGGCGGCCUCUCCGGGGGGCCCGCGGGAGGAGGAAGGCGGCCCCUCAUCAUCCUCCUCCUCCUCCUCGUCCUCGCCGCCGCCGCCCCCGGCCGCCCAAGGAGCCAGCACCGGGCCAGUCGGUCCUACCACCUGAAGUGGAAGUGGGUUGCUGGAAGGGAGCAGAACACUGCACCGGUGGUCACUCAGAACGAGAACAGGCCCUGCCCGCUGCUGUACAUCAUGAACCCUUUGGUAAUUCUGUUGGCGUGGGAUGUGAAGUUGCCACCGAUGAUGGAAAUCAUAACUGCUGAACAGUUGAUGGAAUACCUGGGAGACUACAUCCUUGAUGCCAAACCGAAAGAGAUUUCUGAAAUACAGCUAAAACUAGGCUUCGAGGCGAAUAUGAGCGAUGCCAUGGCCAUCUUGCACAAACUUCAGACGGGCCUGGACGUCAACGUGAAGUUUACUGGGGUGCGAGUCUUUGAAUACACACCUGAAUGCAUCGUGUUCGACCUUCUUGAUAUCCCGCUAUACCACGGGUGGCUGGUGGACCCUCAGUCAGACAACAGCGAGGUGGUUGACGAAGGUACUGUAGCAGAGCACUUUCUAAACAACACAGCCACUCAGUUGACCUACCACGGAUUAUGUGAGUUGACUUCCACAGUUCAAGAAGGAGAACUUUGUGUGUUCUUUAGAAACAACCACUUUAGCACCAUGACCAAGCACAAGGGCCAGCUUUACCUUCUGGUGACAGACCAGGGUUUCCUUACGGAAGAUAAAGUGGUUUGGGAGAGUUUACACAACGUGGACGGGGAUGGGAAUUUCUGCGACUCGGAAUUCCACCUGCGGCCUCCGUCGGACCCGGAGACUGUAUACCGGGGGCAGCAGGAUCAGAUUGACCAGGACUACCUGAUGGCGCUGUCCCUGCAACAAGAGCAGCAGAGCCAAGACCUUCAAUGGGAGCAGCUCCCGGAGGGAAUCAGUGACCUCGAACUGGCCAAGAAGCUCCAGGAGGAAGAGGACAGAAGGGCCUCGCAGUUCUACCAAGAGCAGGAAGCGGUCGCUGCAGCCGCUCAACUCCAGCAGGUGCCGGGGGCCGCGUCUCCAGCCACCGGAAGGCCGCCCGGGGCCAGCGAACGGAAGUGCAAAGAGCCCCGCGAGAAAGAGAAGGAGAAGAACAGCUGUGCCAUCCUAUAACAGCGGGCGGACCCUGCCUGGACACUACAGCAGAUCCUUGGAUCCUACAGGACAGAUGCCGAGCCCCGCCCGCCCGCCGCCUGUGCCUGACAGCCCCUUCCGUGGAGGCUGCACCAGCGCACGGUCUUUCCACGGGAGAUGGAUGGGGCCACUCGUGUUUCUAAAACACGGGGAGAAAACGAACUGCGCCUUGGUAGACGAGGCCCCGCCCCCACUUGCUGCAGGUUUCGCACUGCAGGGACACAAGUGAUUUGCUGACAAGCUCUUCCUUAUCUCGGUGACGAAAGGAGGCAGGAGUAUGUUUUCUCCUGGGGGGGCUUCUGCCGGAGGCCUGGCCGGCAGCACAAAGGACCCACCCCGUCUUUCCAGCCGUUGGGCACUGUGCAGUCUGCCAUCCACUAAAAGGCAGUCUCCUGGGCUGCUUCUGUGUGGGCACAUAACGUGGGCGUCAGCAACUUUAGGACUUAGUGUCACCAAGUGAAGGAAGCGAGAAACACGGAGGCCCUGGGACCUGCCGGCAGGUAGACCUGGACUGCUGACACGUGAGCCAGGCCAGAGUUAUUUAUGGACCCCUCCGCACGGGAGAAGCCGGUAUGCCACAAUCACGCGUUACUUGCCUUUUUUUCCCAGAAGUACCUUGGCCGAGUCACGGAGGGAGGUGCUCGUAUGCCUUAUCAAGUGUACUGUAGGCUGGCGGCCCGUCCCACCCCCCACGCAGCUCAAAAGCACACUUCCAUAGAGGGUGGCGGCCACUCCGCUCGGGGGCUUUUUGUGAGUGAAUCCCAUGGAUUAUUUGUUUUUUUUUGGGACUUGAUUGUGAGUCUGAGCUGACACUCUGGGGAAGAUACACUUGGGGGGAGGGGGAGAAGGUGGGGGAGUCAGAUGCAAACCACCUUGCAGCACGUCUAGGCUUUCUGUGCAAAGUCCACGUUGAGCAUUUUUGUUGGGAGGGCCAAUACACACCCACACCCCGUCUCUCUCCAACAGAGGGCAGCAGGGAGGGCUUUGUCCACCUUGUGGGUCAUUUUUAUCUGUGUGUGUGCAGAUGCUUGUAAGAACUACAGGCUCGCCUGUAGAUUAGCCUCGGCAAACAGCCUUGCUGCGUGGAAGUGGGCGAUGGAGGGAUGGGCAUUUAAAAGUGACCCUGUUGGGCUAAACUUGCCCCGGUGAGGGCAGAGUCGGUUUAAGUUUCUCAUCCUCCUGGUUCUGGAGCUGUGAGACAAGAAGGCAGUCCACAGAUCUUGCUUCUCCACAGGGGGAUCUGCACGCCCGCCCGGCCCGGCAUUAAUUCCCACGGGAUGCUUAGUGGACUGCACACUUGCCUUGUCUAGAUUGAGACAAAAAAAGAACAUACUUGCCUUCAACCACUAGCCUGGAAAGUCAAAAAUGCCCGUCAAAAGGGGAGCAAGUGUGACAGCUCCACUCAGAACGGAAACGAUCCCGCUUGUAUCAUGUCAAUCUUUAAACCCGUAAAGAGCACCUCUUAAAACUUUCCCAACUCUCUUCUCCCUCAUCCGUAUUCCCUGCAGCGAUUUCAGAAAACUCCUUCCUCCCAUUAACUUUUCUUAACCAUGUGAGCUGGCAUGGAAGCUCUCGGAACUUCUUGGCAAAACGAAGACACAGGUUUUGUUUACACGUGACCGUGAGCGAGCCCGCCUGCUGCUUCCAAGCCUAUUUAGACACACAGAGAGGGGGCACGCAUGCACGUCCUUAGUCUGGGGUUGCCCGUGUGCUCGGUGGCCAAAAAAAGCUGGGCAAAAAAGUCUCAAGGUAGAACUCCUCGUAGAACUGGGGCCAGUUGGUUGGGCUUCUGGCAGAGAACAGAAUCAUACCCCUGCACUCCCACAAGAUUGUGUCACUCCCACAAGAUUGGCUGCAGGAGUAGCAGCAGGACAAACAGUUGGGGCCUGAUCAGGCAACGAAGAGCAAAAUUCUUCCUUAUGAACCGAGUGUGCGUGAACAUGGGUUAGCAACACCCACGUGGCACCCACCUAGAAGCUCUUGGGGGAGGGGUGAUGGUAUCCCCUCAUGGCACAGAAAGUCCAAUAAGUCCAAGUACUUAUUAUGGAGAUCAUUUUGCGGGGCUAGACCCGAAACUUCUUAACUCCUCCUCGGGGUUCUCGCUUUCUCCUGUCCCGUGGGGCUCAAGUGCUGUUUCGUUACGGAAAUACAACUGCCCCUUUGGGAUCCAGCUUCUCUCCGAGGGUUUCUUUAUACAAGCCCGGCGUGAGAAGCCGGACGCCGCCACCUGGGAAAGGCCUUGUUCACCUGAGGCCCUUACCUGUGCUUUGAUGCCAUCAGAAGAAGGCGGCUCUCUUGCCCUGGCCGUGUAAUGGAUGUAUACAAAUCACUACCAGUUAAGCACUGCCAAAUACUUUUUGUAAUUUUAUAUUAAAAAAAGGCACUUAUGUGUAUAAAAUGUUGCUCUUAAAAAAAGGCAAAAAAAAUUUCCCUUCACGUGCUAGUUGUCCUUGAGUGGCCCGGCUUCUUGGUUUUCUCCAGUGCCGCCCUGCCCCCUUCCCUGAGCUGUGCAACGCUGGCUUCUUCUCGGUGGUGAUGGUGGCAGCGCGACGGCUCUUUCCUGUCCCCUGCUGGAAGGGGAGGCGAACAGAAGUAGCCCCCAGGUGUGCAUGCAGCUUCCAAGCACCCCUUGCAGCUGUCGGGGGUCCUGGGCUUGCAAAGAGCCUCCUUAACCUCUGGCUGGGCCCUGCUCUUUCAGAGCCAGCUGGGAGUGCAAGGCAGCAUGGUCCCAUCCGGCAAUCCACAGACCGUCUUGAGAUAGGAUUUCCCUCCUCCUCCUCCAGACCAUCGAGCCACCUGAAAUGUGUUCUUCAAACCGCACAGGAAGGUAAAAGGGGGGGGGGGGCUGCUGUGGGAAGGGAAACCAAAGACUUCGGAGCCCUCCAGUGUUGUACAAGUAAUUGGCAACAUGCCCACGUCUCGUCCUGGGUUCCCUGCCUUUGCGGAGCCCAGAUCACAGCUCGGCAACAAACCGGCUUUCAGUAGGACAGAUAACUCUUCUGCAUGGGUUACACUGUGAUUUGCAAACCGGCUGUUUUCUGUUGGAGCCUUUCGAUGUCUUGGUAUUUACUGUUGCCAUUCUCAAGUUUUCUUUUUUUUUAUAUUUAUAAUUUUUAACAGUUUCAAAGUAACUUCCUCAUGUAAUAAAAAAAAACAAUUUAA